AAUUUUUUAUCGUUUCAUGACAAUGACACCAGAGUCAGUUUUAUUUUUGUGCAAUUUUGAUGACCAAUUAAACACUGAAAAUGAAUCCAUUAAAAAGUUAUGGUCAGAGCAGUGGUCAGUCAACGAGCAGGGAAUAUGCAAGGAAUUGUUAGCGACAGGUCUAGAUACAGAUGCGCUGGAAGAUUUAUUGAAAAAACAUGAAAGAGAUUCUCAUGUUUUGGGAAACAUUCUAUUUGUUUCCGUUAGUUCGUUUUUGACGUUUUGUGAUCGUAAUUGGAACCCCCACCCAGACAAACUGAGUGUAGAAGAAUAUUUUGGUGUGGAAUGGCCAAAAGACAUUGAUGCUAACAUUUUGCUACAGCGGGAUUCGGAACCAUUGUAUCUUAAUAUACUAUAUCCAGAACUUCUUUACUUUUCGACACAAGUAUUCAGUGCUCUGUGUAAAGCUGAUCAAAGCUUGCUACAUUUAUGGUGGUACUUCAGAAGUAAAGUGGCCCAUCAAAGGAGUUUGGAAGAUACCAGUGCCACCUUGUAUGCAGAAUUGGAAAUUAUUAUAGCAAAAUUGACCAACCUCCUUUAUGUGAUUCAAGAUAAGCCCAGAUUGCAAAUCCUAUUGUGUAUGGAGAUAGCUCAGGCCUACCUUAUAUAUGGCAGAGUGCAGAGAACUGAAGAGUAUCUUAACAGAGCCAGAGACAUUGCAGGCUUAAAACUGGAACUAACAGGUAUACUAGGCAAAAGAACAAAGUUUCAACAAACAAUAAUACCUCAACUUGCACUAUCAAGUGAGCUGGACUCCAGUAUAGAGAGACCAACAGCUGAACAGAGCCAUGGAAAUGCUGAACUGCCUCCUGACCUUGAGUUGCAAGAUGAUCUUAGACUGAGCAAGAUCCAAUAUACAGAGUCUAUCAGCCAAGCUGAACUUCCUAGUUUAGAGCAAAUUCUGUGUUUGCUGACUGUGCAAUACUUAAUGAAAGCUCAGCCAAAGGAUGAGUUGAUGAAUGAAGAACUGGAGCCUUACAUAGCAGCUGUUCUCUCUCCAAAGAAAGGUGCGUGGCCUACUCGAGUUGCUGCUCUUCUUAUCAGAUGCAAGCUGGAAGCCAACCACAAAAGGACAGUGGAGCGAGCAAUGCUGCAGUGUGAGACCAUUGUUAAUGAUAAGACAGGGGCUAGUUCAACAACUAGAUUAUCUUACCUUUGGGCGACUGGUUUGCAACCAGCCUGGGUAUGGAGACAGCAGUUGGCUGACCUGUACCUGAACCUUGGACUUGUGAAGGCGGCCUUAGAGGAAUACCUCAAACUUCAACUCUGGGAAGAUGUCAUUGUGUGUUAUACUGCACUGCAGUUAAGGCAUAAGGCAGCUGAAAUUAUACAGCAGCAAAUCGAUAUAAAUCCGACAGUGAAACUGUACUGCUUGCUAGGUGAUGCAACAGAUGACGUAAAGUGUUAUGAGAAAGCGUGGGAGUUCUCAAACCACAAGAGCAGUCGAGCGCAGAGACAUUGGGGCAACUUCUUGUUUGACCAUAAGAAGUACGAAGAAUGCAUUCCACAUUUCGAGAAAUCUGUGGAAAUCAACUCUAUACAGGAUCGAGUUUGGCUUAGAUUAGGAUAUGCAGCCUUAAUGGCAGAAAACUGGGAGGUUUCGGCGAAGGCUUAUCGUCGCUACACAUAUCUUCAACCCAACACUUUCGAAGCGUGGAACAACCUCGCCAAAGUGUACGUCAACCAAGGGGACAAGAAGAGAGCGUACAGGGCACUUAUAGAGGCUUUGAGAUUCAAUUAUGAUAACUGGAAGCUGUGGGAGAAUGUAGUAUUAGUAAGUAUGGAUACAGGUCACUUUGAGGAUGUCAUCCGUGGCUGCCACCGCUUACUGGACCUGCAGCAAAAGUUUGAAGAUGUUGAAGUUUUGCAGCUGCUAGUUAGAGCCAUUUUGGCGGACACCAAGGAUGCUGAUGGAAAUAGUUCAGCUAGAUUGCAAAAGCGAGUUCUCGAGUUAUUCGGAAGGAUAACAUCAAUACAUCAAAAUAAGCCCGAGAUAUGGCAGCUGUACUCCGACUUAAGUCCGACAAGUUUGUUGGCGGCACAGCGCUUGUUGAAGGCGUAUAAAGGUUUUACACAGACUGGCAACUGGUCUAACAACCCAGAGACGUGUAAAAAGGUGAUAGACAUGGCGCAUUCCGUUUUGGAACUUAGUAAAAAAGCCCGAGAAGAAGCUGAAGAAAAAGACAUUGUACAAGCCAAUCAACAACUAUCUUCAGCUCGCCUAACAGGCCAGGCAGUCAUCAGGGCAGUAGAAAAACAAAACUGGCCAGAAACACAAAGUUGCUUGGAAGAGUUAAAACAAUUAUUUACCGAUGUUACUGAAUAUAUGAAAUCAAUUAUGUAAAUAUCAUUUUUGUGGUUUUAUUUAAACAUUUGUAAGAUAAAUGAAUUGUGUGGCUCCUUUUAGCUCUCUCCUGCUCAGUUGACGCCAGCCACAGCUCAGCUCAACUGUCAGUUGACAGGCAUGCAACGUGUCGUCUUUUCGAUUCCCACACGGAACAACUCUGAGGUGCAGAAAUGGUUAUUCAGGGUCUGAGUAAAAUGUGUUUGUGAAAUUAAAUGUAUCUCAGUCUCAGUGUGGGGUAACAUUUAAAAAAUAUAUGUGUAAGCAGUAAUGCAUAAGAAGUUUAUUUUGGAAUCGAAUAAUGUAUGAUUAUGGAGGCAACUCAAUAAUUUGGAGAAAGAUAUAUACUUGUAAAAUAUUCUAAUUAAUUAAUUGUUGCGAUUAAUAAAUAAAUAAAUAAAUACUAG